CUUCAAGAAAAGCAGGUUUAAAGUUCUAGACAAGUGCUUAGACAUCUUAUAAAAAGUUUUGCAGCUUCUUUUUUCAUAGGUCGGCAUUUCCCGGAGUACAAGUAUGCCAUGCACACUCUUGCUCGUUUUUUUUCUUUGUAGAAUAGCUCGCUGUUGCCGUAGCUCUUAGCGAUAGUAAUAUACAGAAGUUUUCGAUCGAAUUCAUAAUUGAUAAUAAUUAAAUACCUUCUAACUUCUUGACAGAAGCACUGGCAUCUUGGUGAGGCGAUUCUAACAUAUUUUUGUUUGGAAAUGCCUUUAAAUGAACAUAAAGACUUUCUGAAGAUAUUAAGGCGUUCGAGAAGUUAAAAAUAAGCCAAAGCUUUCGCCUAUGGAAGGGAUUGAAAUUUCAAAAGAAAAAAAAUUCUUUUCCAGAUAAUGAAUAUGAAAAAAGCAUUUUUAAUGCAAGUCAAAUAAAUCACUUUUCUGUGAUCAUCGGAUUCAGAAGUAGUUAUUUCUAUUAUACGGUCUAAGAUUUCUAAAAUUUAACUAAUGCCUGACAAGUUUUCCAUUAUCUCUUGCCAGUGAUAUACCGUAAAUAACAAAAAAAUAAAAAGGGCAUCAACUCCCAUCAUUUAUGUUAUGCAAUACGUGACACGCAACAAUCAUUAUUUAAAAGUAAUAGAAACGAAUACCUAUUAUCAUAAAGCAAUCAAAGUCGGCAAUAAUAUCAAUAAUUGGCAUUUAAUAUUUACCAGUUAACAAGCAAUCAAUUUCUAUGAUCCAACAUAUUUUUAUGUUUAGUCAAUAGAUAAAUAUUAAACUUUUGCUUUCGGUUACUAAGCAAUUGGUUUACCGGCUAAUAUAAACACUGGAUAUAAAAUUUCGAAAAAAAAACUAUAUAUAUUUAUUUAUAAUUGAGAUUCAAGAAACAAAUAUUGAGCAUUUUCAAACUGAAUCAAGCGAAAUAUAUUUCUCAGUAAUAAACGUCAAGUUAUUGUAAAUGAUUUUUUCAUUCGAUUGCUUCAGAAAAUUUUUGAAUUUGUUAGAAGUAAGCUAGUUUAGACGGGAAUAUAAUAAUGGUGCAAGUAACACAAAACGACGAGGAAAUAAAAAUAAUUAUUGAGAUGAAUCGGUUGAUAACACGACGUCCCGAUGUCGUACUUUUGCCGACGUACUUGAAAUUUAACAAUCCCCCCAUAUUUUUUGAACGUCAUUUGGCCCACGAAAUCGAUGAGGUAGCCAGUUAUUGCCGUAUUCUUAAAAACGAAGCACGUAUAGUUUUAAUUAAAAAACGUAAAGGUGUUUGGGAUGAAAUUUUUAAAAAACUUUCGAAAGAAGAACUCUUUCAAAAACGUUUGGAAAUUUCGGAUAUAAUAGUCGCACGCAAUAAAGAGCGCGACGAACGAAUUUUGGAACGGUAUGAUCAAAAGAGACGCGCUGAAAUCGAACGUGAAGUGCAACGCGAAACUGCCAUGCGAGAGAGAGUGAAAAAAUUUCAAGAGCAAGCUUGUCAUGAUGUUAUGACCAUAGCACCUAAGGAGACUCACGUUAAGCCAAAAGUGGUACCAGUUAAAAUGCCGCCAGUACCCAAACCGAUACCACAGUCGCCGCAAUCGCAAUCAAUUCCUGUUACCAAUCGUCCUCCUGCAGCCACUCCUGCACGUGCUCUGCCUGCUCUACGUAAUAGUGGUAAAAUAAAUGUAAGCUUUACCAAUUUUAUUUACGUAACGCCCAAGCGUGAGUCCCAGGAGGGUAAACCGCGUCCAUUCGUUGUAGAAGAUGAUUUACACAAGCCUUCAGAAUGUACAAAUCAGAAUCAAUCGACUAACGUACGUCCCGCUUCUGCUGCUGCUGCUAAUUAA